GUCAAGACUAGGUCCAAAACUAUCAUAGAGAUGAUAGUCUAGCGAGAUGCUUGUCCAAGUUUGACCUGCAAACUGUGCAUUGGAAAUUUCUUAAGGAUGUCCCGGUGGGUGAACUUGAUCUAUGCUUGCCUUAACUACUACAAAGAUUUCUAUUAGCAUUAAUGCUAGAGGGGUAUGAGGCAGGGGGGUCCCAUGUCCCCUUACUUUCUUUUGUUAGUUAUGGAGUAUCAUUCCAGGUUAUGAGUAGCAAUUUCAAUAUCAUGAUAAGCGUAAAAGGCUUAAGCUCACCCACCAUCAGGCUUAAGCUCACCCACCAUCACUUUGCUGAUGAUCUUAUGCUGCUGUCUAGAGGGGAUGAGCAUUCUCCCUUGUUAAUGAAGAAAUAUUUUGAUGAGUUUUCUAUUGUCUCAGGCUUGAAUGCCAAUUUGGGGAAGAGUUGUAUAUUUUUUAGUGACCUUUUUGGGAACUGAAACAAUCUUUGUUGGAGGGCAUCCAUAAAGGUAUGCUCCCUCUAGGACUUGCAAGUGCCUUAGAUUUCUACAGAAUUAACAAUUCAGCAGUGAGGAAGAAAAUAGCUCCUGUACUACCAAGUUCCUAAGUUCAUUUACUGAGAAGCCAUGGUUAAUCAAUUAUGUUAUCUUCCAUUUUCAAAUGUACUGAAUCCAUUUUCCUCAGCUAAUGCAGUGCUUAAGGAGGAGAAUAACCUACAAAGAAUGAUUUUGUGGGUUAGAAAUGUUGAUGGCAACCCUAUGGCUCUUAUUGCAUGGGAACAAGUAUGUGCACCAAGGAAAUAAGGUGGAUUAGGAGUGAAACAAAUUGAUAGCAGUAAUAAGGCUGCCUCAUGGUAGAUAUAUAUGGAAGAUUUGUAGCAACUCCAAUGAUUUACAUGUGAGCCAUGCAAAGGACCAGCUUUUUCUCUUUUUUUUUUUUUUUUUUUUUUUUUUUUUUGGAUCAAACAAAGGAGAUUUAUUAAUAUAGAGUACAAGGGGUACUCCAACUCUUACAUCUAGUCCAUAGUAAAGGACCAGCUAUUGAAAGGAGAGAAGAUAUGGCUUGUCCAAAGUGCAGUAAAUGAUCAUAUUGUUGUAAAUGUUUGGGUCAGACUUCACUUUUGUAUGAAAAUUGGUAAUGUCAGGGGAGGUGGUGAUAUUUUGAGAGCAGUGUUGUCAAAAGCGUUAAAGUGCCUUAAAGCGCCAGCCCUUCAAAAGGCUCAAGCGGAAAGCUUCACCAAAGUGAAGCGGACAAUACAAAAAGAUGAUUAUGUAAUAGCCUAAACCUUUUCAAAAUGUAGUCAAAACAUGAUAUAUUAAUAAAACAGAUUUUGAAGU